CUACAGCAGGUUUCCUUUACAGACCGCGCACAUGGAAGCAGAGAGGGACCACACCUGAGACGGCGGUCCACCUGAGAUGAAGAGAAAAGCAGGAACAAAACAAGAAGAUCUGGGAAAAUAAGAAAAAAGGAGAAAGAUUCAUGAGAAAAAAAUGGAAAAUAAUGGGAUAGAAAAGAAAACACAAGGUAUGGAGGGCGAUCCGGACCUUCAGUUCCUUCUGAAAGGUGGAGACCUGCUCAAAGUCCUGUCCCCAUCCUGGAAGAAGACUCGUUUUCUGAGACUCCAGGAUGACUGCAAAACCAUGUGGCGUGAAUCCAAGAAAACCUUCAAGUCAUGCCAGACAUUUCCAGUCGCUGACAUCCAAGAGGUGCGAAUGGGUCGCCAGUCAGAGGGUUUAAAGAAGAACGCCGAGGAGCAGGCGGAGUGCCGCUGCUUCUCAAUCGUCUUUAAGGGUCGCCGUAAAAACCUGGACCUCAUCGCCAGCUCAGAGGAGGAGUCCAAGCAGUGGAUCAAAAGCCUGCAGAAACUGGUUUCCAACGUAAACAACCUGAACCGCAUGCAGACCACAGAGCAUUGGAUCUUCAGCUGUCUGAGGAAAGCAGACAAGAACAAAGACGAUAAGCUGAGUCCGUCGGAGGUCAAGAGCUUCCUGCAUCUCAUCAACAUUGAAAUGGAUGAUGACUAUGCAGACAUGCUGUUCAAGAAGUGUGACAAGUCAAACUCUGGGUACCUUGAUGGAGAGGAGAUCGCUCAUCUCUAUGACCUCCUGACCAAUCGGGAGGAAAUCGAUGUGAUCUACGGGGAGUACGCCAAGACCACGGGCUUCAUGAGCGCUGACAACCUGGUGGGCUUCCUGAUGAAGGAGCAGAGAGAGAAAGCCACGUUGGCUGAUGCUCAAAAAAUCAUUGAGAAAUAUGAGCCAGAUGAGCAGGCCAAGGAGAAGAAGCUGCUGUCCAAAGAUGGCUUCCUCAUGUACCUGCACAAUGUGGAGGCCAUGAUUCUGAAUCCAGAGCACUCUGAGGUGUACCAGGACAUGCAGCAGCCCCUAAACCACUACUUUAUCUCAUCCUCGCACAACACCUACCUCACGGAGGAUCAGCUCAAAGGCCCCAGCAGUACUGAGGGUUAUGUCAGAGCUCUGCUGAAGGGCUGCCGCUGUGUGGAGCUGGACUGCUGGGAUGGAUCAGACAACGAGCCAGUCAUCUACCACGGUUACACCUUAACCUCAAAGAUUCUCUUCAAGGAUGCGAUCAAAGCCAUCAAGGAGAAUGCCUUUAAGACGUCUGAUUAUCCGGUCAUCCUCUCCUUGGAGAACCACUGCAGUUUGGAGCAGCAGGUGGUCAUGGCCCAACACAUGAGCUCAAUCCUCGGCAGUGCGCUCGUCACCUCUCCCCUAGGCGACAACAUGCCGACAAACUUCCCAUCUCCAGAGGAACUGAAAGGGAAGUUCCUGAUCAAAGGAAAGAGAUUACAGAAACUGGAGGCCACUUUUGCAAACAAAGCGGCAGACGCUGAUAGCGUCGACGUGACCGAGGAGGAAGAGUCAAAUGAUGAGAGCGCUGAGGAAGAGCUAAAGGAGAAGAAGAAGAAAAAGCUGAAACUAGCCAAAGAGCUGUCUGACAUGGUGAUCUACUGUAAGAGCGUCCACUUUCACAGCUUCAAGGAUGCCAGGAAAACCCUGAGCUUCUAUGAGAUGUCCUCCUUUAAGGAGGGAAGAGCUGUGAAGCUGGCAGAUGAGUCGGCAAACGACUACAUCCGUCAUAAUGUGGAGAAACUGAGCCGCGUUUAUCCUGCGGGCUCCAGGACCAACUCUUCCAACUACGACCCAGUCCCUCUGUGGAACGCCGGCUGUCAGAUCGUUGCCUUAAACUUCCAGACAGGCUGCAAGGAAAUGGACGUGAACCAGGGUCGAUUCGUCGUCAACGGCAACUGUGGAUACGUCCUCAAGCCGUCCUACAUGAGGGACAGGAGCACCGAGUUUGACCCCAUCACCCUGACCCGAGGAGAGUGGCUGAAGCACAAGAUACUGCACAUCAUGAUCAUAUCGGCACAGCAGUUGCCCAAAGUGAACAAGAAGAAGUCCUCCAUAGUGGACCCGCUGGUUAGAGUGCAGAUCUUUGGAGUGCCGGCUGACGUCGCAGAGAAAGAGACAAGUCCUGUUGAUAACAAUGGUUUUAACCCCGCCUGGAACGAGAACUUCCAGUUUGAUGUAUAUGUGCCAGACCUAGCGCUAGUUCGCUUCGUCAUCGAGGACUACGACUCCACGUCUGAUAACGAGUUUGUCGGGCAGUACACGCUUCCUUUCAACAGUCUAAAAAUGGGAUACAGACACGUACCUCUGCUCAACAAGAACGGAGACCUCCUACCCUCAGCCGGCCUCUUCAUUCAUGCCAUGGUCCUCGAUGAAGAAUGAGACGUCACUUAUACAUUCACAAAGCCGCAUUUUAAAUUUUAUUUUAGACUAAGAUUAAUUUAUUAGUUUAAUCCCAGCAGUUUAGUCUGCAGCAGUAAUGAGGCCACAAAAGUCACGGACCACUCUGCAGAAACUGUUUUUACAAACCUUUUAAGAGCUUUAGCUCGUGGCCGUCGUCUUUGGUCGUCAUAUUUAGUCGAACCUUUUUAUCCAAAUGAUCACUUAAUGAGUUUUAGAGUCGAUAUGUUUUCACAAGUAGCUUUAGUCAUCAGGUGCGAGCUAGUUCUUGACCUUUUGCUCUCCUUUUUGUAAAUCAAUACACUCAAAGUGUCACCGGUCUCUGUGCUUUUGUUUAAAUAAUCACAAAUGAAGUGGUGACUGUUCAGAGGAACGUGCUGUUUUAUACCAGCCCUGAGUGCAGUGAUGGCAUGUGGCAAAGUACUUUGCAUUUUAAAUACUUAAAUACAGUUUUUCUGUAUCUGUA